AUGCUGCUGCGCAUUCUUCUGGUUGCGGGCUUGCCGCUCACAUUCGCCUCUUCACUUAAGCCUCAAGUCAGAUGCUCGGAUCUCGCGACUAUCGAUCUGGAGCCGUACAACGGAACUUUCCUGAAUGCGACUUACUAUCCCGAAGGUAGUCGGAAUGCCACCGGUGGUGUCAACGGAACGCUCAAUCAGGUCGGAUUCUGCGAGGUCAAUUCUGUCAUCUCGUAUGGCAACAACAACAACAGCCUCCAUUUCUCUACGUGGCUUCCAGAUACUUACGAAGACCGCUUUAUCGCCGUAGGAAAUGGAGGAAUGGCGGGUACUAUCGAUGUCAGCGGCAUGCUGACCCAGCUCAACAACGGACUGGGCAUGGCAGUCGCAGGCGGUGAUGCAGGCCACCUUGCAGCGGACAACCAGAACAUCACAGGCUAUCUGCCAUAUCUCCACGACAAAGAACAAGUACAGGCCUGGAUUCACGAUGCAAUAAGCUUAUUCACCCCUGCUGCCCAGGCCUUGGUCGAGAAGUAUUACGCCAAGCAGCCGAACAAGUCGUACUAUUAUGGUUGCAGCACCGGCGGAGCGCAAGGGUUCGCGUUGGCUCAGUUCCAUCCGGAAUUGUUCGAUGGUAUCUACGCGGGUUGUCCUGGGAAUUGGUAUAGUCAUCUUGCACUAAGUUUUCUUUGGAAUGCUCAGCAUGCUGCAGUAAGUAUCUGUAUAGGUGAACUUCCGGACCACUCGCUAACGAGGAGUCAGACGCCAGAGACUGCUCUGACCCAGGAAGAGCUGGACUUCGUCACUGGUGCUGUGCUCGAUGCCUGCGAUGAGAUUGAUGGUGUGGCCGAUCGUUUGAUCGAGAAUCCGCUCGCAUGCAAAUUCGACAUCAGCACCCUGGCCUGCCAGUCGUCGUCCAACUCGACUUGCUUGACCGAAGCUAAGAUUGCGACUGUGAAAGCAAUUUAUGCUGGACCGAAGCGUGCAGAUACCGGAGCACAAGUUUAUCCUGGGUUCGACUUUGGCAGCGAGACUGGGUGGGCUGUACAACAACGCAACCUUUCGAGGGACUUCAGCGUGCCGAUUUUGAAGAAUCUCGUCUUCGAUGACCAGAGCUAUGACAAUGCCACUUUCCACUGGACUUCUGACGUCGACAUCGUGGAUGAGAGAGCAGGAAGGCUCAUCGACUCCAUCACGCCGGAUCUUUCUGCCUUCAAGAGUCGGAAGGGCAGGCUGCUCACUUCCCAAGGCUGGGCAGACCAGUACAACGCAGGGACUUGGCCCAUUGAGCACCUGAAGCAGGUCGAGAGUGCUAUGGGUGGAAGCGUCGACGAUUUCUACCGCUUGGUAAUGAUACCUGGCGGCGGGCAUUGCGGAGCAAACCCCGGCUAUCCUAACGUGCCCGCGACAUACUCGUUCAUCGCCCCGCUCGUGAAGUGGGUGGAAUCCGACGGGGUAGAGCCGCCGACAGAAUUUCUCAGCACUUCUCCGCCUUCGGGGAAUAAUGUCACGAGGAAAUUGUGCGUAUGGCCGGCAGUUGCGAAAUAUGGCGGAGGAGAUGUCGAUGAUUGGGCUUCGUACGAAUGUGCGGAGUGA